UGGAAUGGUUUAACGGCCUUCCCCAUGGAAAGAUUGGGUCCUUUGAGAAACUUGCCGAAGUAUGGAUGCGAGAAGUACCAGGACAACUACAUGAAAAGAAAGAAGUUCACCUACCUAAACACAGUAGGACAAAGGGAGAAGGAGUCCUUGACUCAAUUCUUGACGCGCUGGAGGGAUGAGGUCGAUAAAGUAGAAGAGAUGGACGAUAAGACGGCCAUGUCUUUGCUGAUGAAUGCCUUCCGGUCGGGUGACCUCUACACCGAAUUUUGUAGAAGGCCACCCUCCUCUUAUCAGGAAGCCUAUAAUACAGCAUGGGAGUAUGCCGAGGCGGAGGUCCUGAAUAAGAGCAAGCAGGAGCUGGAGGAAGGCUAUACAAAAGUGAAAGCCGAGAAGCCGAAGAAGGAUGACCAGACAGGAGGGUCUAAGCCAAGGGCCACAUAUGACGGGGGUGUGCACCGGGCACUUGACCGGGUGAUGGCCAUGAUGCAACAGGCAGGUGGCCUUAUGCCAUCUGCCUAUCCUGGCAUGACGCCGCCAAUCAUGCCACCUCCGGUGUCGACCCCGUCGACAUUUGCCCCUAGGAUGGUCCCUAUACGCCCGGUGAAUCUGACAGGGACCAUGAAUGAAGCAGCACCCUCAAAUGUCCAUGAGGUCGAUGAGGCGGAGCAAGAGGAGGCCCGCAGAAGGAAGGGUAAGGCUAUAGCCAAACCCAGCAAGACCCGAGAUUCGGCGUUCAAACGCCUAGGGGACAAAGAGGAUGGGCCCCGCAAGUCUCCCAAGCUACGUCUUGGUUCUGAGAUGGGCCGGACUAGCGCAAUGGAAAGACUAGGAGGGAAUCGUCCCGCCCAAUCUCGUCGUUCUAGGGAAUCUGAGACGAUUCACCUAGACGAGGAGGAAGUUGAAAGCCAGCCCAGGGCAUCGGCAUAUACCAGGCUCUCAUAUGAUGAGGAUGACCUGGACAAGAUAGGGAGCGUAGCGAGAAAGCUAUGUGCCCUGGAGGAAAAGGUGGAAGAGAAGGCGGGAGCAAAGAAGCACACCCUGGCCAAAUCACCCUUUUCAGCCAGGGUACAUGCACAAAAAUUGAGGCGUAAG